AUGCUCAGGUCUAGCAUUUUCAAGGUAGGUUUGAACGAUCUGAAGUUCGCCCAAGUCCGAUUCAAUAGCAGCUCUGCCCCUAAAUUUUCGUUUACUAUACCAUCUUCGACAGCAGUAGACGCUGAUGAAGAGCUGGCCAAUGUGAUGAACCCAUUGGUACGAAAUAGCAAAAUGAAACCUAACGUCCAGGUUAAAAAAUAUAUUAUGCAUUGUAAUUUCAAGAAGAACAAUACUCAUAUAACGUACUGUGCACAGGAAGAAGAUUUGAACUACUUGAAAUUGAAUCCAGGUUUAUCUUAUAAUGAUAAACUAUUAUAUUAUUUCAAACUACCAGAAAGAGUGAGGUUCUCCAUUUCGACGGGAUGCCUUGGGUUCAGAAAGGCUACUAGAGGCGAAUACGAGGCAGGCUUUCAAACAGCAGUGAAAGCUUUCCAAUUGGUUGAAGACAAAAAUCUUGUUAAUAAAGAUAUUGAAAUAGUAAUGAGAGAUUUUGGCAAGGGUAGAGCCGCGUUCAUUGCAGCAUUGAACGGGAAAGAAGGUAAUAAUAUCAGAAAAUACGUCAAGAAAAUCAGUGAUGCUACGCCUUUGAAAUUUGGUGGUGUAAGAUCACCACGUAUCAGAAGACUAUAG